AUGGACUUGAGCGAGGAUGAGGACGACUUCCUUUCGAGCGACCAGACAUGCUUUCGCAUACCUCAUGAGAAAGAGCAACUCGAGCCAGUGCCCCAGCCUUUCUGCCCUUUCCCAGUCUUGUCCGCCAUGGGAGAAACGGACGACAAGCUAGCACGAAUGCGCCAACAAGCCUUUGAGCGCGCCUGGUCAGCUUGCAACGCUCAGCUCGACGAUGUGUUGAGGGAGCUCCAAGCAACGACUCUCGAAGCACUCUUCGACUUUAUUCGUCAAUCAGGUCGCGUCACCCGCUCACUCUUUCGGCCUCUUGGAUCCAAACGCUUGCUUCCUGCUGCCUUGCUCUCCGGUACUGGCUCGAGCGGACUCAGCACUUUGCUACAAGCCUUCACACAGAGGGCCAAUGAGAGUGACGAGUCGAUGAUCAUCGUCAGAUUGACCAGCAGAGAUUUCGUCACGCUCAGAUUCCUCUUCCGCACGCUCAUAAAGCGUGUGCUCGCUUCUUCUUCGGAGGAGGAAGAAAGCAAGCAAACGACGCGCAAGACAAAGACACUGUCUCUGGACGACAUCGAUGUGCUUUCGGCGUGGUACGACCAUAAAUAUGGCAUGCUGAAUGUACAAGAUCGGCCAAAGAUUGUCAUCACUGUCGAAGACUUUGAGGCAGUCAAUGCUACUACGCUGGCCGCUCUCGUCCACGCCUGCAGCAAGCGAGCUGACAGGAUACCCUUCGCCUUCAUCUUCGGCAUCGCUACGUCGAUCGAGAUAUUCGAGCGCGAUUCCAAGGUCGAUUUGCUCAGCCAGCUCCGAUGUGUCUCCAUCACUUCGGAGCUCGGAAGCGAGGCGUUCUCCCGCAUCAUACGUCGAGUUUUCAUAGAUACUCCGGAAUCACUCGGCUUGACGAAUUCGAUGUAUAAGCAGCUCGAGCGCAGCUUUGAGCAGGAGCACCUGUCUCCAACGAUGCUAGCGAGAGAGAUACAUAUGCUGCAUCUCCUUCACUUUUCAGCCAAUCCGCUUUCGGUCUUUGUCGAUGUAGAGCUGUUGCACAGAAAUGACAUCCCGCUCGAAGUACGCCAGCGGCUAUUCAUGCUCUUGCACCAAUUACCAUCAUUUCACGCUGCCUUGGACGCGAGCCAACGUCCACUGGCGCAUCGAACGCACGAGCAAGAGGAUACCGCCGAUCCCAUCUGGUCUAAGCUCGUAGCCGCAGCUCGACAGCGAGCUAGUCUGCGCAAACAGGCGAAACUCGCGCACGCUCUGAUGGACACAAUCGGAAACGUAUGGCCACAGGCGCAGACCAGCUCGCAAUCUCGUUUGCGGGGCCACUUUGAAGGCGCGAACAAGCUGGAAGCAUAUGCCGGUCAGCUUGCGCAGAUGCUCAGAUCGGCUCGGUCAGAUGAUUGCAAGACAUGGCUGGCGGCUACCAUGGAAAUGCUCAGGGCGGAUGAAGCACUUUGCCAGCCCUGGAUUGAGACCCUGCAGGCCCAUGACGAGCAGCUGGACAAGCUCAAUGACCAGUUGCGAGCUUCGCAUCAGAGCCGGCAAUAUAUGACUGGCGGCGUCACGCCGAACAAAGCACCGUAUGACCUUGCUUACCGGACGCUAUGCUCGGAUUUAUCAGACUGGUUCCACGAAACCGUCACAGAUGCGAUCCAUGCCGAGGCGGGUCAGACGUUUGUGGAGAUCUGGCGGCCAGGCGAGCCUUGUAAGCCUAAGCCGGCGCGUCUCCUCAAGCAGCGUCUGCAUCCUUCUCCACUAGAGGACCAUCAGCUGGCCAUGAGUCACUAUUCGUCGAUACUCAAGCCAGGCUCAAAGAUUGAUCAGCCGCCACCAGACAUCGUGACGAUGCUGAGGUUGCUGAAAGAUGCGGGCAAGUUUGUCAACUUGGCAGAUUGGCAUGAUGCAUUCCAGCAAGCUCAAGCAGACCAGAGCAAGCACUCAAGCAGAGGGGAUGCGCACUCUCGCAAGCGGCAGAAAACGCCGAACGAAGAGCGAGAGCGAGAGCUCCAGGCUCGGUUCGUGCAAGGCGUGACCGAACUCGCGAUGCUAGGCUAUGUGCAGGGCACGAAGCGAAAGGUGGAGCAUGUUGCCAGACUUGUAUUCUGA